CCUGUUGGCGAUGAUGAAUUACUCCAAAGCGCAAAUGUCGAGCCUAUCGGAGGAGGCGGCCGGGGGUCCACAGUCGAGUCCUGCCGGUGUGAAGCUGGGGGCGGUGAUGGAGCACCUCCAGAGACAACAAGAAGCCAAAAUGGAGAUGAACCUGCAAGAGAAACAUCUGCUUCAAGCUCAGCUGCUGUUUGCCAAACAGGCCGCUGCAGCCAGAGCCUCUGGAUCCAGACAAGACUCUGCAUUAUUUGGAAAAGCCAACCCUCGGAGCAGAAUGGAUCCAGAGGAGGAGGAUGACGAUGGUGAAGAAACAGAUGAGGAGGACCUGGACUUGUUGGCGCCUGAAGAAAACCAUGAAGAGAAAGAAGAAGAAGAAGAUGAGGAGGUGGAGGAUAAUGAAGAGCAGGCAAAAAGGCCUCAGCUGCAGCAGGCUUUAAGAUUCCCCUUCAAGCCUUUUUCCUCGUCUCCAACGGCGGCUCGGGAGCAAAUGUCUGAAUUUCCACCUUCAGCAGUGAAGCAGGAGCAUGAGGAGAAGAACCUGAUGUCUCAUGUGGGUCAACAUGGCAUCACAUCACCCGGUGACUUCGCUGACUGGAGCUUCGACGAGCAUUUGAAACAGAGAGGAGGUGCUGUGUGGGCCGAGGAAGGUGACGGAGGAAAAGUCAGAGGAGAACCUUCCAGGGACUUCGCCAAGCUUUAUGAACUGGAUAAUGACCCGCAGCGGAAGGAAUUCCUUGAUGAACUCUUUGUCUUCAUGCAGAAACGAGGGACUCCUGUGAACCGCAUCCCCAUCAUGGCAAAACAGGUGUUGGACUUGUACCGACUUUUCAAGCUCGUGACGGAGAAGGGAGGCCUGGUGGAGGUUAUUAACAAGAAGAUCUGGAGGGAGAUCACCAAAGGUCUCAAUCUCCCCACAUCCAUCACCAGCGCAGCCUUCACCCUCCGCACCCAGUACAUGAAGUACCUGUACCCAUUUGAGUGUGAGAAGAAAGGUCUGAGCUCUCCAGGUGAGCUGCAGGCAGCCGUCGACAGUAACCGCCGAGAAGGUCGGCGUCCCAGCUACACCAACAGCCUGUACCGCUACUCUUCCUCCCCAAGCUCCACUCCGCGUGCAAUCCUGUCUUCACCCACCAUGCAAACCACCCCGACCUCGCACAAUGGCUUCAACACAUCCGCUAGUCCGAAUUUAAGGAGAAGCACAGAGGAGAGCCCCACCCCUGGAAUCCCACGGCUGCCCAUGGCGCUGGCCCUGGGGCAGCAGCAGCAGCAGCAGCAGCAACAGCAGCUGGCACAAGCAGCCACUUUGGAGCAUCUGAGAGAAAGGCUGGAGCGUGGAGCAGCCGGAGCUUCAGCUGACGGCCCGGAUAAGAAAAUGAUGCGGCUCGCGGAGGAGCAGCAGCGCCUCAUGCAGCAGGCCCUCCAACAGAACCUCCUGGCCAUGGCUUCUCAGUUUAACCCCAUGAACCUCAAACUUAACAAUGGGCACGAAAGCAAACAGGAUUUGUCAUUGAACAUCUCUACUAAUGGACCAGCUAGUAUCAGCGUUUCUGUGGAGGUCAAUGGCACCAUGUACUCAGGAACUCUGUUUGCCCAGAAGUCAGCUGCCCCAGUGUCGUCACAAACCGUAACUCUGGCAGGAACCAGUGGAUUCAGCGCCCUUUCCUCCUCACACAGUCCCUCGUCUUCAUCUUCCACCUCCUCAAAGGGACCGAAUUAA